AUGGACCAGAUAUCCCGUUGGGGUGCCAUUACAUUGUUCACUACAUUUCUCUUCAUGCUGCCCGGACUACACAGAUUGCUCUCUUCCUACAACCAUCCAAAUUCCCUUGAUAUCCCAGUCCUAGGAAUAAUGAGUCAUUGGAGCAACAAUUCCUGGAACCCACGCUGGGAAGCCGUGGACACAUAUGCCAUUUCGCACGGACAUCCAGACACCCGACCCAAUGCCCAAACGCUACAAGAUACAAUCUCAGCAUCCAAUAGAGCCGGACUACCAAGCCACGCACUGUCAGCGGCACAGGCCAAGUUCCUCUCGCUGCACUGUCGUACCGCCAAUGUGACGCAUGCACUUGAGAUUGGCACACUAGGCGGCUACUCCGCCAUCUGGAUGGCUAGUCAGAAUCCACAGCUGCACCUGACAACAAUCGAGUACGAUGAGCACCACUACAAGACGGCCAAGAGAAACAUCGAUCGUUCAAAGCUGUCGGAUCGUAUCGAGGUCAUUAACGGUGCUGCGCUUGAUGUCCUCGGUCGUUUGCGUGAAGAGGUUGAUUCAGGGAGGCGGCCGCCGUUUGGUUUUACUUUUAUCGACGCCGAUAAGGUAAAUAACUGGAAGUAUUUCCUGAUGGCGAAAGAUAUGUCCAAGCCGAACUCUGUUAUCUGUGUUGAUAAUAUUGUGCGCGAUGGACAUCUGGUCAGCUUUAACGAUAAUGACUCGUAUCUGAGAGGUUGUCGAGAGGUUGUCGAGAAGGCUGGCAAGGAACCUGGUGUGGAUUCUGUUGUGCUACAAACUGUUGGUGAGAAAGGAUAUGAUGGCUGGCUAUGGGCUGUGAUCAAUUAA